AUGAGUCUUGAGGAUACUUCAGAUUGUUCAUCAGAAAGUAACAGCGACCCAGAUGAUGCAUCUAUGCUUUCUGACCAAUCCGAUGAAACAUCCGCAACAGACGACCCAGAAAGAAUGGAGACCGAGACCGAGACCGGGACCAAGACUGAGUGUCAAGAGCCGCGACCAAAUCAGGCCUUUGUCCAAAAACAGAAUGCCAGUCCUUAUCGACGCGAGCCGAGUCAUGGACUUCAUUUUCAGCGAAAGUCACAAGGCUGCAGCGGUAGCCUUGACAGAAGGCAUGGCAGGAAUUAUCUCCGCGAUCAGUUUGAGGUGCCUCCGGUCAAGAUUCUCGGCCCACGAUGGGCUGAAAGGGUUUGGUCAGGCCCGGUGCCUAGUAGAAGAUAUCGAAUGCAGGUGAUGAACGACAAUGAGAUUCGAAGCCGAAUGCUUGAUCACCGUGAAGCAUGUCUUGGACAUCGGGAGCAGUGGCUGAAGAGAGCCUUUUCUGAAGCGUGUCAGCUUGAGCGUCCUCAACCGGUGACAGAUCUGCCAACAGUGUGUCGCUGUACCUGUCGGUGCGCGAUCAAGGAGGAUGUGUGA